AUGGUUCGCAACCAGCGCCAACAGAAAUCGGAAGAAGCAAGUCCAGACGUCGUUACGCCAGUGAAGGAGGACUCAGACUGUGAGGACAGUACAGACAAAUGGCCUGAAGAGAAACGCAGCGAGGAGUGGGUCGUAUAUCGCAAUGAUGACACCUCUGAUACUAAUAGCGACGCCAGUUUCAAGCUGUCCGAUGACCCUGUCAAGGAUCAUCUCCUCAUGGACUAUUUCAAGACGCUGUCGCUGACUCCAGGAAAAGUGCCUCACUAG